AUGCUGAUCCCUUCGCGAGCAGUGGGCUUUGCAGUGGCCAAGUCACUGGCCAGGGAUGGCUACAAAGGCCUCGUGCUGGGGUACAACUCGGAUGCUAAGGCAGCAGAACAUGCGCAACAGGAGUUGCAAGAUGUUUAUGGCGCCACAGUAUUCUGCGUCAAGGGGGAUGUGGCGCAGAGGGAGGUGCUGCAGGAAAUGUUUGGGCUGCUGCGCGACCACUUUGACAACCGCUGCACGGCCUUUGUGCACAACGCUGGGCUGCUGGCCGGCUUCAGCAGCAUGUCUGAGUACGAGGGGGCGCCCACUCUGGAGCGCACCAGCAACCAGCAGCUGCUGAAUCCCCUUGAUGCAGAACUCAGCAGUGUGGAGAAGAAUUUUGAGUACUACUGGCGGGUGUACACCCUCUGCUUCCAGCUGGGCCUGAAGCAGGCGAUGAAGUGCGAGGGACUGCGCCAUGUGGUGGGCAUCUCAGCCCCGGGCUGCAACCUGUCACAAUCGCCCCGCCUGUGGUUUGAUGACCGAGGGCAGGGCAAGGCGGGCAUGGAAUACCUGGUGAGAGUGGCUGCCAAGGCCUACACCAAGCAGGGCAUCAACUUCAAUGCCAUCAUCCCCGGCAACGUCCUCGCAGGGGGCACAAUCCUGGCAUAUGAGAGCGGAGAAGAGCUGAAGAACUACUAUGACAACCGCCUGGAGACAACCACCGGCCGCUGGGUGGGAGCUGAGGAGAUUGGGGAUGUUGUCAGCUUCCUGUGCUCGCCCCAGGGCUCUGCAAUAAAUGGGCUUGCCAUUCCAGUGGACAACGGGCUGCACCUCUUUGGCGGCUGA